CGCUUCCUGUUUUCUUAUUUCUACACUUUUAGUUCAUAGUACAAUAGCAAUUCUAAGAAAUCAUAAAAAUUUCAUGUCGCAUGCGCCCUGCAUGCAAUUAUGUUUUGUAAGCAGUUUUUCAUAUAGGUGAACGAGAACUGGUCAGGUGCACCUCUUGAAAGGCAUUUCAUUUUUAGUGUUUCCUGAGUGAAAACAAUGUCGAAGCGUGUGAUCUUUAGCACUCUUCUAGUCACUUUGCUGGUUACKUUGGUGAUUGCAAACUUAUUUCCAAAGAGCACCGAUUACUUAAAAGGGAGCUGGACCAGACUAAACCAUGUGGUMGAAMGAUGUUUGACUAUGGAUAUUGCGGAAUGUUUGAACGCUACAACGAAGCUGGUUUUCGGUCUCAUGCCAACACAAGCGCACGGGACUUCGAUUUUGGCAGAAAGCAGCGGGGCAGUCAAGAAAGAAGCAGUUAAUUACGAAAGUGAAAAUAGCGAAGAUAAUACUGGGAACGCAACACGGGCGUUAGAAAUUCUGAAWUCGUUGAGGUUCUCCGAGUACGAAGAGGCAAACUUCUGUGACCUCAUCGAGGGACUACGCUACGAGGACUAUGAUAACAUGAUCGAUAUUAUUGCAGAUCUAACGAAUAUGCCAGAAGACUUGAAAAAGCGCAUCAAAAUGUCCAAACUCCUCCAAGACGGAAGCGUUACAGCUGUUGAUAGGAAAUCGUUCAUUGUAGAAAAAGGGAGAAUGGUUUUUGGAAGRGUUGGCGUUAUUCGCAGAGGAGAAAAAUUAGACGUAGUCUACUCUCUCCACUCAUUGAAGUACACUCUUAAAGAGAAUCAGCCCAACAAAGAAGUAGCCGAAAAAGUGACAAGCGGAGGUUUUUGGAGUGGGUCAAGCGAACCCAAAGUCAAUGUUAUGAACGAAGGAAUCGGAUUGGAGUUGAGGAAUGAUUUUUCAGCGUUUUUUGAGCAGCAAGAUAUCAAAGAGUUCGUCAAAAAGUGUAAAUAUGUGUUGAAGGCUUUGAAAGACGAAGACGUGGUUAGAAAAUUCGCGGGUCCUAAAGAGGAGCUGGAAGAUGGAACGAGUUCCAGUACGAAAUCUAAAGAAACAUCAGAAGAAUAAUUCCACAAAAGAAGGCUUAUGGACCUUUGGACUAUAAAGUCUAUAAAUAUUGAACAAGAUAGCAAUGUAAUAGACUCAAUAGACAUUAAUGUUAUUAUUGAUCCUUAACUAAAUAAAGUUAUUAUAACACU